GAUUUAGCGAUAAAAACUGUAAUACUCUUUUCUGAAAUUUCACCCGAAGAAAAUUUACUUGAUGCGUUUAUACAAUUAUAUUUCAGAAGGAAAUAACUUUAAUAUUACGUUCAUCUGUGGCUCAAUCGCAACGAUUUCGUAUCCACUGCUAGCUUGUGGUAAAGCUGUAAAGAAGUAUUAUUCGCUGGCGUAUAGUGAAUGUUAGUGGGAUGCGAAGCUAAAUAUUUGUGACGACUUUAAAGAAUUAUAGAAUUACAUGAAUGGCAUAAAUAGUGCCAGAUUAUUGAAAUAGGCCGGUGCUUAUAUUGUUUUUAUUAUGUUAUUUAAUUUAAUGUCGAAAUACCGAGAACGUUUCUAACCUCGAAAGCUUCGAACACGUGGCUUUGUUUUGGCAUACCACAAGAUUACAGUAACGCAUUCGUGUCACUUAAUCAGUUGAUUGCCAUUGCAAUUUGGAGUAUAUAUAACUGCUGAAGAUUUCCCCUGAGAUUGUAACUAGUGUAGUAUCUUGAAAUUUUUGCCUUGGACCAUGUCUUUCCAUUCCCGCGGGAGAGGAGGCGGUGGUGGUGGAUAUGGAAGAGGAGGAGGUGGCGGAGGAUCUUAUUAUGGACGUGGCGGUAGAGGUAGAGGUGGAGGUGGAAGAAAUAGUUAUGGGGGCUACCAAGAUCAAGGACCUCCAGAAGAAGUGAUUCCUUUGGGUUCAUACUUGUACCCUGCUCAGGAUGACCUUGUAGUAAAAGUUGAGAUUGAGGAUGUCCCAUAUUUCAAUGCACCAAUUUAUCUGCAGAAUAAAGAGCAAAUUGGAAAGAUAGAUGAAAUAUUUGGUAACAUCCGGGACUAUUAUGUGUCAGUAAAACUUUCAGAUGAUGUCAAAGUUAAAUCCUUCAAAGCACAGCAGAAGCUCUACAUCAACCCACAGAAGCUGCUUCCACUGAAAAGAUUCUUGCCCCAACCUCCUGGAUCUGUUCAGAAGAGGGGGGGUGGGGGUGGUCGAGGAAGGGGUGGAGGACAGAGAGGUGGAAGGGGUGGAGGCUUCAGAGGCCGAGGUGGUGGUGGAUUUAAUAAUCGAGGCGGUGGUGGAGGAAGAGGAGGUGGGGGAGGUUUCAGAAGAGGCGGAGGCGGAUGGAAUAGAUAGUUCUUUAACAUUCUCCAUCAUUGUAUUAAAUGGGAACAAAAUAAAAACGCUGACCACAGAUGAAGUCUAUCACCCAUAUUGGGUAUUAAAUAGUAACUAUGCAUUUUAUAAAUUCAGGACAACUAAGAAUUCAGUGUAAAACUGAAAGAUGUAUUAUUGCAAAAGAAUUAAAGACAUUAAAAUGACUGUCCAGUA